UCGAAGCGCAUUUUCUCGCGAGAUUUCAGCCAUCACUUCCUCUUUGCAUUCUCCGCCGUGAUGCCGACCAAGAAAUCCAAGACCAGGAAGCUGCGCGGUCACGUCAGCCACGGACACGGCCGUAUAGGCAAACACAGGAAGCAUCCUGGAGGUCGCGGUAAUGCCGGUGGAAUGCAUCAUCACCGGAUUAACUUCGAUAAAUAUCAUCCCGGUUAUUUUGGUAAAGUGGGUAUGAGACACUAUCAUCUGAAGAGAAACACCACGUUCUGUCCCACCAUUAAUCUGGAUAAACUGUGGACGCUGGUGACUGAGCAGACACGAGAGAAUUACAGUAAGAAACCUGACGGACCAGCACCGGUCAUCGACGUAGUCCGGGCUGGCUACUUUAAAGUUCUAGGUAAAGGCAAGCUGCCCAAGCAGCCGGUCAUCGUGAAGGCCAAGUUCUUCAGCAGACGGGCCGAGGAGAAGAUCAAGGGUGUUGGAGGAGCUUGUGUGCUGACUGCAUAAAAUACUUUUGCUAAAUAAAACAACAAAAGUUCA